AUGUUAAAUCUUUGGCUGAACUUUAUAACUGUUUGUGCUCAUAUUGUGCAGGAUCACUGUCACUAUCAAGGCUAUGUUGAAAAUGACAACCAAUCAAUGGUCAGCAUCAGCACCUGCUCUGGGUUAAGUGGGCUCAUCCUGACACAAGGCCGGAGAUAUUUAAUUGAACCACAGAACCUGGCAGAGGGAAUGCAUGUUAUAUAUGAAGAAGAAGAAGAAAACCCCAAAGCCUGUGCAGUGACAGAUGGACAUUGGGAGGGAUCAGUGUUGGCUCAGUGGGUGUUACCUAUUCCUACUCAGGAUCAAAUUGAUCAUCUUGUGAAUGUACAAAAGUUUGUAGAACUGGUUGUGGUUGCUGAUAUAUCAAUGGUAAGUAUUGUGUUUUCUUUUAAACAAAGCCAUAUUAUACUACAUUAG